AUGUAUGCACGUCGUCAUCAUAGAAGAGAGCAUAUUCCAGAGGCCAAUUUCAAAUUUAAACCAAAGUGCUGGGAAGAACGCACUCCAUAUACAGAACCAUUAAGAAUUGAUCGUGUUGAUGGCAAUAAGGAAACACGUACUGUUUACACACCAGAUCUCAACUCACUUAACGGACUUAUUGCAGCCAAGUACCCACUCAUCGAUCUUAAUCAAUUAAAAGCUUCAAAUUGCGCUGAAAAUUCACACCAAGAUAUAGUCGGAAAGCGCAUGAAUCUCCGAAUUCAGGCUGCGGUUGCAACAAAAGAAGGUAACCAAUAUAAAGUUGUUUUCCAAAGUGGAGAAGGAUUUGCCGAUUUUGCAGCCCAAAUUAAGACAGUUCUUCAUAAGAGGUGUUGGUGA